AUGGCAGAGGACCUCUGCAAGAGCUUGGUUGUGGCCGCAUCUGCUGUGGAGAACGAGGCCAUCGAGCGCGAUCGCGCUGGUGAUGUGCCCGCAGCUCUGAAGAAGUACGAGGAGUGCCAGGGUCUUCUGGCCCGUGCCAUUGCAGCCGCACUGCCGACACACCCAGAGGAUCAUCCGAAGCUGGUGCAGCACCGUGAGGAGGUUCUCGCCCGCAUCCAGCACCUGAAGUCCUCAAAUGGGCCUCCCGCCAUCCCAGUGGAGCAGCAGAUUCGGGCGGUCCAGCUUGGGAUGCAGGUGGCAGGCGAUGCCGGGCGUGCUGCAUCAGCUGCAGGCGGAGCGAAGCAGCUGGCAGCCGUGGCUGCUGUGGGCGCCGUCGGUGGUGCUGUGGUCUUGGGCAGUACCCUCGGCUGCUUCGUGACCGUCGGUGCGGUUGGUGGAGCUGCAGCCGCCGGCAUUGCGGCCACGCGCUCUGACAAGAUUGGCGACGCCGCACGCGGCGUGGGCUCCAUGGCACUCAAAGGCGUCGACAAGGCGCGCGAGAUCGACCGCGAGCAUGACAUCUCAGGAAAGAUGAUGCAUGCUGGAACAAAGGCUGUGGAAACAGCCUGCACCAUCAAUCAGCAGUAUGGCAUCAUGGACAAGGUGAGCAAAGGCAUGUCUGCGGCCGUGGCGAAGGCGCACGAGGUGGAAGAGAAGCACCACGUCACCUCGAAGGUUGCUUCCGGCUUGUCGCUGGGGCUCUCCAAGGCAGCGCAGGGCUUCGACAAGCUCACGGAGGCCGCCUCCUCCGGCCGACGGCCAUCGCAAGGUGGAGGUACCAGCGCUUGA